AUGGCAUCUUCCGACAACACGAUCCACCAAGCGUUGGAUAACAACUCCGAUGAUCAGAAAGACCUUGGUCGGGCAAUUUAUAUGCACCGCCUCGCGCUUGAUUUCCGAAACCACUUCCACAAUACUAGAGAAGCACAGUCAAUUGAAGAGGCAAUAGACAUGGCCGAAACUCCUAUCCUUAUCGCAUCAGAUUCCAAUCCUAACCAGCGCUGCUACUGCCCCAGCCUUGCCCUGGUACUCGGGGAUCAGUUUUGCUACUCGGGUCUCCCCGACCCUAUCAAACAUGCUAUCGAAGCAGCUCACCGAGCCUUAGAGCUAGCCCCAAAAGGUUGUUUAAACCGGCUAUGCUAUCUCAAUACUUUAUCCUACAUGCUAUAUGACCAGUUUGGGAUCUCGAACAAUCAUGAUAGUUUGAGAGAUUCUCUCAAGGUUAUUGAAGCCGUCCAGGAAUGCCCAGAAAGUCACCCGGAUAGACCAGAAUACGUAGACCAUUUCGACCUUGUUCUGGUGCUUUGGUCACUUUUACUGGCUCUGUCUCUGUCCAAGAACUUGACCGUGGCUUGA